AUGAGUAACAAUCUCCAUGUCAUCAUCCAUGAUGGGCAGGUUUAUACCUCUCUCACCGCACACUCCCUUCCCGAUGUCAUACCUCAUGAACCUCCUUGGGAUCCUCGCGAAGACUACGACUGUUCUCCCGAUGAUAGUAAUACACCACUCACUACUUGCUGGGCAUAUGGAACUCGUCGGUUUUCCCUCCUUACAGAGGUAGAUCCAUCGGGAAAGCACAUUCUCCACCAUGAUAUUUGGGCAAAAUGGGUCGACUUAGAGCAGAAACUGCUCUGGUGCCAGGAACAUUUGGGUGCCGGAUUAUUCAUUCCAUGGGGGACUAAACUUCCACAUGCUCCAACUACCUAUGGGUACCAACGGUCGCAUGCAGACACUAGCGUUGCUAAGAAGGUUGCAAUAAGGUUGCAUGAUGCAUUUCUAUUAAUUGCCGCCACCUGCUCAUGGUACAUCAUGAGUCGUCGAUACCAAGGUGCCAAUCAGUGGAUGGCUAUCUUAAAGAGUGACCCCCAACAUCCCAUACCUGCUGAAUGGGUUCUUGAGUUGUCGCACUCAUUCGUUGGAGAUCUGACGACAAAUGUGCCACGUACAGGAGCCUUGAUCUCUUCCAUUCACUGUCCUUGGCAAGUUCAAUUGCCCAUGUUUGAGAAAUUCUCACUUCCGAUUUGGGUCCGCAUUUCUCAGAAUACUUCUGCCGCCGUUGAUUCUACUUUGCAUCAUUAUAUCCCGUCUCCGGCAGCUAUCGCCCAUGGGACCGAGGAAGCCCAAAGGAAGCAGACGCCUGACACUUGGGGUCAGCCGGAUGACAGUGCGUGGGGUCAGCCGGACUAUAGUGCGUGGGGUCGACCAGAGGACAACACUCAGAAUGUCCUUAACUGGGAUGAUAGCGCCCUUGGACAUCAGGAAAAACUAUAUCUCUAUAUAGAGGACCAUCCUCUAUAUAGCCCCGAUAGCACACCACAGCUCUAUACAGUCUAUGGCAAGCUAUCACAGCACUAUAGACCAGUAUAG